GGAUUAGCCCCGCCCCCAACUGCCCUCACCCAACAUGGCCGCCCGCCUCGUUCGGGCCGCCUAACGGACUCCGUCUACCAGCCUGCCCCGCGCGGAGGCAGCCGGCCAAUGGGCGCGGGCGGAGGGGGCAGGGCCCGCGCGCGGCCCGGUGGUUAGUGUGCGCGCGGUAAAGGUUGGGUGUCUCGCGCCGGCGGCCGUUGGGAGGCAGGAGCGGCCCCGCCCCCUCGCUCCCCCCGCCAGGCGGCUGGCCCCCCCCGCUGGGAAGGGGCCCGGGCACGAGGCAGCGAGGCGGGCGAACAGCCCCUCCCCUCCGCAGGCUUGGGUGAGAUGGUGGGAGCCCAGCAGCUGGAGAUGGCGGAGAUGCAGCCAGCACCAAUGCCGCAGCCAGGCACCAGCGACCACCAGUAUGAGUGUCUGGAGUGUGGCAAGGUGUUCAAGUGGUCAUCACGGCUGAUUCACCACCAGCGCACGCACACGGGUGAGCGCCCCUACAAGUGCUCCGAGUGCCCCAAGGCCUUCAAGGGUUCGUCAGCACUGCUUUACCACCAGCGCAGCCACACAGGCGAGCGCCCCUACAAGUGUGCUGACUGCGGAAAGGCCUUCAAACGCUCGUCGCUGCUGCAGAUCCACCAGAGCGUGCAUACGGGCCUGCGCGCCUUCAAGUGUGCUCUGUGCGGCAUGGCCUUCAAGUGGUCAUCACACUACCAGUACCAUGUGCGCCAGCACACAGGCGAGCGCCCCUACAAAUGCACGUUGUGUGAGAAGGCCUUCAAGAACUCAUCCAGCCUGCGACGCCACCGCAACAUCCACACGGGUGAGCGCCCCUAUGUCUGCGCCGCCUGUGGGAAGGCCUUCACCCAGUCCACCAACCUGCGGCAGCACCAGCGCAUCCACACAGGCGAGCGACCCUACCAGUGCACCGAGUGCCCCAAGACCUUCACCCACUCCUCCAAUCUGCUGUUGCACCAGCGCACCCACACCGGGGGCCGGGCCCACAAGUGCCAGGCCUGCGGCAAGGCCUUCAUCUCGGACGCCUACCUGCAGAAACACCUGCAGACACACGCGGCCAAGCCACUGGCACCCUACGGCGAGGCGGAGCUGGCCUGCACGCCGGCCGAGCUCUUCCUGGCUCCGGCCGAGCCAGUCGAGACGGUGGAGAUGCUGUGGAAGUGUGGGGAAUGCGAGCUGACCUUCCCCAGCGAGGAGCUGCUGCUGGGCCACCAACAGAGCCACCUGACCCCUGCUGCGCCUGCUGAGCUGCCCAUCCCGCCACUCUACUCCUGUGCUACCUGUGGCAAGGCCUUCAAGAAUGGCUCGGGCCUGGCACGCCACCAGCACAGCCACGUGGGCGAGCGCCCCUACAAGUGCUCCAUCUGCGAGAAGACAUUUGUGCAGCUCUCCAGUCUGCUGGGGCACCAGCGCAGCCACCCGGCUGAGCAGCAGCUCAUCCAGGCUGAGGCCGAGGUCACCUGUCCCCAGACCGCAGCUGAGCCGGUCCCGCCCCCCGUGCCUCCAGAGGUGGCUGAGCGCCCCUACAAGUGCACCGAGUGCGGCAAGGCCUUCAAAGGCUCAUCGGGGCUGCGCUACCACCUGCGUGACCAUACCGGCGAGCGCCCCUAUAAGUGCUCGGAGUGUGGCAAGGCCUUCAAGCGCUCCUCACUGCUGUCCAUCCACCAGCGUGUGCACACCGGCCUGCGCGCCUUCAAGUGUGCCGAGUGUGGCCUCACCUUCAAGUGGUCGUCGCAUUACCAGUACCACUUGCGCCUGCACACAGGCGAGCGCCCCUAUGGCUGUGCCGACUGCGGCAAGGCUUUCAAGAACACCUCGUGCCUGCGGCGGCACCGCCAGCUGCACACAGGUGAGCGCCCCUUUGCCUGCCUGGUGUGCGGCAAGGCCUUCACCCAGACCUCCAAUCUGCGGCAGCACCAGCGCACCCACACAGGCGAGCGCCCUUACAGCUGCCAGGAGUGUGGCAAGAGCUUCACCCACUCCUCUAACUUGCAGCUCCACCAGCGCACGCACUCCAGUGAGCGCCCCUUCAAGUGCUCCAUCUGUGCCAAGGGCUUCGUCAUGGCCUCCUACCUGCAGCGCCACCUGCGCACCCAUGCCACCGAGGCCAAGGGGGAGGGCCCAGCCCCAGGCCUUCCUGCCCCACCUGCCACCCAGGAGGUGCACAUUGUGCCCAACCUGCAGGCCACCCUCAACCUGGAGGUGGGCACCGCCCCCAGUGCCCCCAACUCGCAGACCUUCCUGCUGGUGCAGACGGCUCAGGGGCUGCAGCUCAUCCCCAGUGUCCAGCAGAGCCCCCAGAAGCUGCUGCUUCUGCCCAGCCCGCAGCUGGUGCCCACGCAGCAGAAAGUGCCCAUCCUCCAGAACACCCCCAAUUUCACACUGGUGCCCAGCAGCUCUGUGGCCGCAAGCAACCCUGCCCCGCGCCAGCAGAGCAAGGGUAGGAAGCCGGCAGCACCUGGCAACCCCCAGAACAUUAUCCUGGUGCCGGGAGGUGGGCCGGCAUUGCCCAGUGUGCAGAUCCAGGCGCUGCCAGGCACACAGCGGGCACCGGUCCUCCCGGCUGGGCAGAACAUCAUCGUGCUGCAGAACGUGGCUGAGCAGCCCCCUGCAGAGGUGUCUGGUGUCCAGAUCCAGGCUCAGCCUCAGGAGGUGGCCAGCAUCCAGCUGCAGGCCCUGCCACCCCCCCCCUGCUGAGGCAUCCAGCAUGCAGGCUCUGCCUC